GUUUGCAUUGCGCAAUGGCUGUUUGCAGUGUACCAUAAUCCUUGACCACUGUUAGAAAAAGUUUCAAUGCCGCCACCAAGGCUCUGCACAGCUCCCUUCCGGCGCAUAGAUUGCUACCCAAGGCCUCAGCGGAGGUUGUUCCAUGCUUCUCGAUGCCUCAAUAGCGCAGCAAGGCCUUCUGAGGAUGAGGUUGCAAAGGCUCGCGCAUAUUGUGCAAACUUAGUCAGAGCAUACGACGCACCCUCCCACAUUCUACAGACCUUCAUACCACAAUCCUCCCGCGAUACUUACCUCGCUAUCCGCGCCUUCAAUGUCGAUGUCGCCCGCGUCGCUGAUACUACAAGCACACCCACCAUCGGCAUGAUGCGCAUGCAGUUCUGGCGGGAUACCGUAACCAAAGCGCUCGCAGGAACCCCACCAAAAGAGCCAGUCGCCAUUCUGCUGGCUCGAGCGGCAGAGGACCUGCAUGAACGCUCAGAGGGAAAGGCACGUCUAAGCAAGAAUUGGUUCCACCGCAUCAUCAACACGCGCGAACAGCAUCUAGGGAACCCACCGUACCCAACCCUGAGCGCAUUAGAGAGUUAUGCCGAGAACACAUACUCAACUAUGCUGUAUCUGACGCUCUCUGCGCUGCCGCAAGCAUCCCUUACAACCGACCAUAUUGCAUCACACAUUGGAAAAGCAAUGGGUAUUGCUGCAGUGCUACGAGGCAUACCCCUUAUCGCAUUUCCGCAGCAACAGCCCCUUGGCACUAGCAACUCCAUGACGGGCCAAUCGGGACCAACCCAGGGCGCUGUUCUCCUACCCCUCGAUGUCAUGGCCGAAGCCUCGGUCCGCGAAGAAGACGUAUUCCGACAAGGCGGCUCCGCCCCUGGUCUCCGCGAUGCCGUCUUCACCGUCGCCACACGUGCAAACGACCACCUCAUCACGGCCCGUGAAAUUUUGUCCAAGCUGCGGUCCGAAGGCACGCUUGGCCACGAUUUUGAACAUCAGAACGACGGGGGCCAUGAGUAUAGCGUGCAGCAGAUGAACACGGGGCAAGAGGCGCAAUUGGCAGAAGUAGAGCAGGCUUUUGGCGUUUUCAUGCCCAGCGUUGCGACUCAGGCGUGGCUGGACAGAUUGCAAGGAGUCGACUUUGAUAUUUUCAAUCCAACGCUGAGAAAGGUGGAUUGGAAGCUGCCUAUGAAGGCUUACUGGGCGUAUACUCGACAGAAACUAUAA